ACCAAAAAUCCUCUAAUUUAGUCAUGGCUCAUGAUCCAGCUCGGCAGUGCCGUUAAGAACCAUCUCUCUUCCUCUCUCUCAAGUCUCUACCAGAAGUGAUCGAUCAUCCAACUCAAUCCCAAAUCCCAUUGCCAUUUCUUUCUCACACAAACAACUCAAGCAUGAAGAUAAUGGUGGCCAUAAAGCGCGUGGUCGACUACGCCGUCAAAAUCCGAGUCAAGUCCGACAAGAGCGGCGUGGAGACCCAGAACGUGAAGAUGUCGAUGAACCCAUUUUGCGAGAUCGCUUUGGAAGAGGCUCUUAGGAUCAAAGAGUCGGGCUUGGCCUCGGAGGUCGUGGCGGUCACUAUGGGAAUGAAACAGAGCGUCGAUACGUUAAGGACGGGUCUGGCUAUGGGCGCUGAUAGGGCUAUACACGUGGAGACUGGUGGGCCCUUGUACCCUUUGUCAGUUGCUAAGCUGCUGAGGGCUUUGGUGGAGAUUGAGAAGCCUGGUCUUCUCAUUCUCGGGAAACAGGCUAUUGAUGAUGAUUGCAAUCAAACUGGGCAAAUGGUGGCGGGUCUGCUGAACUGGCCUCAAGGGACUUUUGCUUCAAAGGUUGUUCUGGACAAGGAGAAGCAGAUAGUGACAGUGGACAGAGAGGUAGAUGGUGGUCUUGAAACUCUGUGUCUAGAUUUACCAGCAGUGAUUACCACUGAUUUGAGGUUAAAUCAACCAAGGUAUGCGACACUCCCCAACAUAAUGAAAGCAAAAUCAAAGCCCAUAAAGAAGUUCACUCCACAGGAUCUGAAUGUGGAAAUCAAAUCCGACAUAGAAGAGAUUCAAGUCACAGAACCUCCAAAGAGAAAAGCAGGGGUUAUCGUUUCUUCUGUGGAUGAGCUGAUUGACAAGCUGCAAAAUGAAGCGCAUGUCAUUUGAGUUUUCUGUAGUUAUUUUUCUUACUGAUCAAGCAUUCAAGCUGAUCCAGUUGAAUUUUAAACUGCGAAAGUGAUCUUCCAGUCUAAUAAUGCUAAUUUCUCCAUAGAAAUGGAAGCUCAUUUGCUAUUGUAUAGCUUACUGAAAAUGUACUUUGCUUAGCAUGCAUGAGUUACAUGGCUAGGGUACAUCUUGACUAGCAAGUACCAAUUAUUCAGAAGUAGUGUUCUUGGAAAUAGAUAGAAGAAUGCAGGACUAACAAUUUAUGUUGUCUAGGUGUGUUAUUUACUGUUGGUUAUUCCUGUUAUUUGGUUGGUGAGGCCGUGAGGUUGGCUAUGGUUUGUUUAUUUCGG